CACCCAAUUUCACAACUAAAAGCCCUCUCUCUCUCUCUCUCUCUCUCUCUCCACUUUCUCUCUCUACCUUCAGAUUUUUUUGUUUUCAAUUCUCCCUCGCUAGCCUCCGAACUUUCUGUAUCAUCUCUCUCUAAAUUGAUUGAAGACUUGGGAGAGAGAGAGAGAGAUAUGGAGCAGAAUCAGGGGGAUGUGAAUGAUAUAGAGAGUGAAGGAAUGGUGUACGAAGAGAAUGAGUUGCAGAGAAAUGGAUCGUCGUUUUCGGAGAAGAGUUUGAGCGGUGGGAUGAUCAGAGAGCCUCUUCUGGUGAAGAGCAGGAGGACGAACACUACCUCUCAGAUUGCCAUUGUUGGGGCUAAUGUUUGCCCCAUUGAAAGCCUCGAUUAUGAGAUUAUUGAAAAUUAUCUUUUCAAGCAGGACUGGAGGUCUAGGAAAAAGGUUCAGAUAUAUCAGUAUGUUGCUCUCAAGUGGACAUUUGCACUUCUUAUAGGAUUAAGUACAGGAUUGGUGGGCUUCUUUAAUAACCUUGCUGUUGAGAAUGUUGCCGGUUUUAAGCUUCUACUUACUAGCAAUCUCAUGCUCCAUGAAAAGUACUAUCAGGCUUUUGCAGCAUAUGCAGGUUGUAACCUGGUUUUGGCAAUUGUUGCUGCAGCCCUCUGUGCUUAUAUUGCCCCUGCUGCAGCCGGCUCUGGCAUACCUGAGGUGAAAGCCUAUCUCAAUGGUGUGGAUGCUCAUUCUAUUUUGGCUCCAAGUACCCUCUUUGUAAAGAUUUUUGGUUCCAUAUUUGGAGUUGCUGCUGGAUUUGUUGUGGGAAAGGAAGGACCCAUGGUACAUACUGGCGCCUGCAUAGCCAAUUUACUUGGACAGGGAGGUUCCCGCAAGUACCAUUUGACUUGGAAAUGGCUCAGAUACUUCAAAAAUGAUAGGGAUCGGCGGGAUUUGAUCACUUGUGGAGCUGCUGCUGGUGUAGCAGCUGCCUUCCGUGCCCCAGUUGGCGGAGUUCUCUUUGCUCUUGAAGAAGUAGCUUCAUGGUGGCGGAGUGCUCUUCUUUGGAGGACUUUUUUCACAACUGCUGUAGUAGCUGUGGUUUUGAGAUCUCUGAUAGAAUUUUGUGAGAGUGGAAAAUGUGGACUAUUUGGGAAAGGAGGUCUGAUCAUGUUUGAUGUCAAUUCUGCAGUGCCAUCUUACAAUGCACCAGAUUUAUUGGCAAUUAUAUUACUUGGAAUUAUUGGAGGUAUUUUCGGAAGUUUUUACAAUUAUCUUGUGGACAAGGUUCUUCGCACUUACAGUAUCAUCAAUGAGAGAGGUCCCAGAUUCAAAAUCUUUCUUGUUGUCGCCAUCUCCCUCCUGACCUCUUGUUGCUCUUAUGGCCUUCCAUGGUUGGUGAAGUGCACCCCAUGCCCCACUGGGCUUGAAGUUGAAUGCCCCGGCACAGGUCACUCUGGAAACUAUAAGAGCUUCCAGUGUCCACCAGGCUACUACAACGACCUUGCCUCCCUCUUGCUCAACACCAACGAUGAUGUCAUCCGCAACUUAUUUAGCUCUGGCACUAUAUACGAGUUUCAUCUCUCAACCCUUUUAAUUUGCUUUGUUGUUAUAUUCUGCCUUGGUAUUGUCACUUAUGGCAUCGCCAUUCCAUCUGGGCUCUUCAUCCCUGUUAUACUUGCUGGAGCCUCCUAUGGACGACUCGUUGGGACCCUUUUAGGCUCUUUCUCUGAUUUAGAUGUUGGCCUCUUUGCGCUCCUCGGGGCUGCUUCCUUUCUUGGUGGAACCAUGAGAAUGACAGUUUCACUUUGUGUCAUACUUCUCGAACUUACAAAUGAUCUAUUAAUUCUACCACUGUUGAUGCUAGUUCUCCUUAUUUCAAAAACUGUGGCCGAUUGUUUCAACAAAGGGGUCUACGACCAAAUAGUGAAAAUGAAGGGAUUGCCUUACAUGGAGGCCCAUGCCGAACCAUACAUGAGGCACUUGGUUGCAAGCGAUGUUGUCUCUGGUCCCUUGAUAGCAUUCUCUAGUGUUGAGAAAGUGGGCAAUAUAGUACAUGCACUAAAGUUAACAAACCACCACGGGUUCCCUGUGAUUGAUGAGCCGCCUUUCUCAGAUGUGCCGGAGUUGUGUGGGCUUGCUUUGAGAUCCCACUUGCUUGUUUUGCUUAAAGGAAAGAUAUUUACCAAGCAAAGGGAGUUGAGUGGAUCAGAAAUUUUACAGAGGUUUCACGCGUUUGACUUUGCAAAGGCAGGAUCGGGGAAGGGGCUCAAACUGGAGGAUUUGGAAAUUAAUGAGGAGGAAAUGGAGUUAUAUGUCGAUCUCCAUCCGAUCACUAAUACAUCCCCAUAUGCGGUAGGGGAGACAAUGUCCCUAGCUAAAGCUGCAGUCCUGUUUCGGGAGCUUGGUCUCAGGCACAUGUGUGUUGUGCCAAAAACACCUGGGAGACCUCCAAUUGUAGGAAUCUUGACAAGGCAUGACUUCAUGCCGGAACACGUUUUGGGACUUCACCCGCAUCUUAACCCUCACAUGUAGCUUGAGAAUUCGCAAAAGUGCGCAUCGCCUACCAUUAUUUAUCCUUUGUACAUUAUCAUGUGGAUAAUACAGAUUAAUUAUCGAAAUUAAAAAUUCUACAAUUCUUGUUGUUCAAAUUCUGAGAGGUUAGAGAGUAAGAGAGGAGUGCAAUUUUUCUGAGACUGCAUUUUAUGUCUUUGUGGAUACAGCAUACAUGUAAACUCUUGUGAACAAUCCAAUUCCAUUUAAUGCACAGGUGUGUUUAAAAGUUA